CAUUACACAAGUUCUGCAGGCCAAAAACUCAAGGUUCAACCAGGGUUAGAUAUCACUCACGCUCCGGAGCGGCUUCCACAAGAUCUACAGCCAAACGGGUAGGAAGCAUUAAAGACGAUGGGAGACUGGGGCUUUCUGUCUGUGCUUCUGGACAAGGUCCAGUCCCACUCCACCGUCAUCGGGAAGAUCUGGAUGAGCGUCCUGUUCAUCUUCAGGAUCCUGGUGCUCAGCGCAGGAGCCGAAAGCGUCUGGGGCGAUGAGCAGUCCAGUCUGGUCUGCAACACCUUGCAACCCGGUUGCGAGAACGUCUGCUACGACUGGAAGUUCCCCAUCUCACACAUUCGCUUCUGGGUGAUGCAGAUCCUCUUCGUGUCCACCCCGACUCUGAUUUAUCUGGGCCACGCCAUCCAUGUCAUCCACAAGGAGAACAAACUGAGAGAGAAGAUCCAGAAACAACUGGGGAAAACGUUAAAGGAGCCCAAAUACACCGACGACAAGGGUCACGUGAAGAUCAAGGGCAACCUCCUGGGCAGCUAUCUCACCCAGCUCUUCUUCAAGAUCAUCCUGGAGCUGGCCUUCAUCGUGGGACAGUACUACCUGUACGGCUUCAUCAUGAUCCCCGAGUUCGCUUGCUCCAAAAAGCCCUGCCCGUACACCGUCGAGUGCUUCAUGUCACGCCCCACCGAGAAGACCAUCUUCAUUAUCUUCAUGCUGGUGGUGGCCUGCGUGUCCCUGCUGCUCACCGUGAUCGAGGUCUUCUACCUGCUCUGCACCAGGGUGCGCUGUCGCAGGGGGAGUCGGCACCUGAGGAACGCCACCUCGCCCGAGAACCCGGCCAGUCUGCCUCUGACGUGGUCGCCGGACGAUCCUCUGACACAAAACAAGCUGAACAUGCAGUACGAGGAUCAGGCGCAUAAGCCCAACAGCGCCGCCGAGGUCAAAACGCUCCUAGAGGGGCAUUAGGUUUAGUUUUAGAUUUAGGUUUAGUUUUGGUUUUUAGAAGAGCUAAAAUAUUCCAUCGUGUACCUGAAGCACUGUGUUUAGAGUAAUGAUCACCACACACUCAUGGCCCAGUUGAUCUGUAAAUAAAUUAAUAAAACUCGUCUGACAGACUUACAGUAACUUUACACCAAAUAAACGUCAAAAAUGCUUUUCUUUUUUUAAUGCAUUUUUCUCCUGAUUUUAGUGCGUCCAAUUUUUUACCCAAUUGCGUUACGCCUCCUCUGUACUGAUGCCGACUCCUGCCCCGAUUGAGGAGAGCGAGACACACACCCCCUCCGACACAUGUGCAGUAUUGCCUGCAUCUUUUCACCUGCUCGAGGCGAGUUCAUAUGCGGAUCAGCCUUGUGUGCAGAGAGCCACACCCUGAUCAACAGAUUAUUCCUCUACUCUGUGCAGCACCAUCAAUCAGCCAGCAGAGGUUGUAAUCUAGCCUAUCCGGCUCCCUCCCUGUAUGAACAACAGCCAUUCGUUGUUCAUGUGGCCGCCCAGCUCAGCCGGAUGGCAGAGCUGAGACUCGAUAAGAUGUAUUAGAAAUCCCAGCUCUGGUGUGCUAGUGUGCUUUACCACGGCUCCACCUGAGCAGCAAAAAUGCAUUUCUGAUUGCUAGGUUUUCAGACAGACCCCGUUUCUACAACUAGUGACCCAACAACCUAAAUAUAUACUAAAUAGAACUGGUAGUUGGGGGUGCCCGUUUUGACACAGAAAGACGAUUUUUGUGACUUUGAAGUAAUAAAAUAGUGAUAUUGUUAGUAGAUUAAGAGACUCAUUACAUUUACCCGUGUUUAUCUGUGUUUUUCUCUCAGUUACAUUUUCACUUUUACUACUAACUAGUGACCUCAGAAUGUAGGCUUAAUAAGUCAGGUUCUAAUCAUGAGCUAAGAUAUAAAAGUACGUAAGGCGUCUGUGUGUCUCCUUUUAUUUGAAACUGGUAUUUUUAUUGACUGUUGUGACUCCGGUUGCCAUGUUAUGCCCUAUUCCGUCAGUAUUUGAUCCCGAGUAGGACAUUAUUAUAAAGGAUAAAUAAUGUACAGUAAAUAAAACGAAUAAACAUUUUUAUAUCAUAUAUUUUUAUAAAACAUUCAA